ACCGCGACAUGGAAUUUAGAAAAAGAAAACAAAGAGAUACAGAAAACAACGGAGACUUGACGAUUACAAUUAACAACCACGAAGAACUGCACGAUGAACUGCAUGAAGAAUUAAAAGUCGACGGAAACAAUACGAAUGUAGCAUGUGAUGUUCAUGACGGUCAAUCCGAACUGUUUGACUUUGCCAUCGGAGAUGGUAUCAUCAACGUUCCGGCAGUCAAUAUGAAAAAACCAUUAGUUAUGGACUUCAGCGAUGGAACUAAUGAUAACCAGAAGGGUCGUAAUAGUAUGAAAUGGGUGGUUGUAAAGUUUAUUGGCGGUAAAGAUUGUGUGAUCCCAAUAAAUUGGUUGAUCGAAACAGAUUCAGAGAAUUUGUCCAAGUGUUCUGUUAAGUAUUGUAAAUGGCCAUCAAAAAGAGUGACACGUUAUGAUUUAAAGUUAGCUGAAGACCCAGAUUAUUCAUGGACACUGCACAAAAUUAAAGUAUUUGAUGGCAACAAAACUUAUGGACAAUUUUCUAAGGCUUGGCAUAAGUAUGAACUAGAAUCAACAUAUAACGAGGACAUUUCUAAUAAAAAACGAAAAUGUUGUAGUUCUUUAAGUAAUGAUAAUUCAUGCAUUGAAGAUAAUGGUUAUAAUAUUGUGCCUGCUGUAGCUAGUACUAUGAUAAGUUCUGAACCAAUUACAGAAUUACAAGAAAUGUCAUAUAUAAAUCUGCAAGCACCUAAUGAUUUAACAUCUACAAAAUAUGCUAACGAAAAUUUAAAUAUUGGCACAUUGAAAGAUACUUUAACUCAAACGUCAAAAAUUCUAACUUCAUCUAUUUCAGACUUACAAGUGCCUUACAUUGAAGAUCAUAAUCAAUGUUUCUCUAAUUCACCGACGUUUAUUUCUGCUAGUGAUAACAAUUAUUCAACAAUGCAAAAUUUAAAUUUUGAAAAAAAUCAAAGUUUAUUGAGUUCUAAAACCAAUAAUGAUUUAAGCCAUUUAUCUUUGCCAAGUACAUUUGAUGAAGAAGGUCUUCAUUGUAUUUUAAAGAACAUUCAAACUGAAAUGAUAACUGCUCGUUUAACGAAUGAGCGUAUAUUAAGCAAAAUAAGUAGUUUAAAAAAUGAUGUAGCAAAAUUGGCCCGCCAUGUGUUACCUAUAGGAUUAGCUUUUUCAAAUGAUGUGGAAGAUAAACAGUUUUUAGACCAACUUCCAUUUUCCAACUGGGAAAAUGUUUUGGUUUGUGAAAGAGUACUUCAAACAAAUAAUGAUGUGAAAGAGAAAUUUAAACAUAUGCUAAGUGUAGUUGGUGGUGUAGAUGCAAAAACCAAUAUUAGACGCAUUUUGAAUAAAUUAUUUACAAAUAAAUUUGCUAUCAAAUGUUCAUGGACAGGUAGAGCUUUUGAAAAAGAUGUUAAAAAGUAUAAAGUUCAAAAUUUACAAAUUAUUGUUGUUAUGAGAAGUGUUAUCAAAAAUCAGUAUCCUCAAAAUUCUGAUGCACAAUUUGAGUUAGACGUCCAAAGUUGGUUCAGAACUUCUAAGACAAGAUAUGAUAGAGAAAAUAAAUAAAGAAUGUCAUUCAAGAUACUCAUAAAUUAAAAAAGUUAUAGUUGUAUUUACAGUCAUAAGUGGAACUUGCAAUUUUUUUUUCUUAUAUUUUGUUA